CUGCCCUGCCCGCCCGCCCGCCCGCCGCACCAUGGAGUUCUCGGAGAGGAAGCGGAGCAGGAAAUCCCAGAGCUUCAAACUGGUGAGCCGAGAUUAUCACCAUGAGGUCUAUAAGAUCUCAGAAUUCAGCACCGAUGUUAAUGGGGAGGCCAAAGAGACACAACCCACUUUUUUAGGAGAUGAAAGCAUGGAAAUUAAAAAACAAAUUACAGGAAUGAGAAGAUUACUGAAUGACAGCGCUGGGAGGAUCUACCAGCGUGUGGGCAAGGAGGGGGAGAAAUUGAAAGAAGAACCCCAGGAUUUGGAUUCGAUCUGGCCUCAGCGUUUGAACUCUGCGGAGGCCCCACCGAGCCUCCACCCGUCUUCCCGUGGUGCGUGGAAUGAGUUACCACCCCAGAGUGGGCAGUUCUCAGGGCAGUAUGGCACCCGCUCCAGAACCUUCCAGAGCCAGCCCCACUCCGCCGGGAGCUCCAAUGGAGAACUUCCAGUGGUGAAUUCGUCAGUUGGAUCAAACUGCUGUACUUGUAACUGCCAGUCAACGUUGCAGGCCAUUCUCCAAGAACUCAAGACCAUGCGGAAAUUGAUGCAGAUUCAGGCAGUUGGAACCCAAAACAGACAACAACCCCCAAUUUCCCUUAUCUGCUCCCAGCGAACUGCCGUCUCGCGCAAGAGAAAUAAAAAGAAAAAAGUGCCCCUGAAGACUGUGGAACCUCUCACUGUGAAACAGAAGCCCAGUGCGUUAGAAGCCGAGAAGAAGGCGGUGGCGGCCCCCGAGAAUCCCAGUCUCCCCUCGGCCGAGCACACCUCCCCCAGGGAGAACCACAUCCUAGGAUUCGGCAUCGUACUCGAAUCACCAGCCUCUGAUCCAGAAGUGCAACUUGCUGAAGGCUUCGAUGUGUUUAUGCCUAAAUCUCAGCUGGACUCUAUACUGUCAAACUACACUCGCUCAGGAAGCCUUCUGUUUAGAAAACUGGUGUGUGCAUUUUUUGAUGACAAGACUUUGGCUAACUCCUUACCCAAUGGGAAGAGGAAAAGAGGACUCAAUGACAACCGGAAAGGACUAGACCAAAAUAUUGUGGGUGCAAUAAAAGUCUUCACAGAAAAAUACUGCACUGCUAAUCACGUGGAUAAACUUCCUGGCCCAAGAGACUGGGUUCAGAUUCUACAGGAUCAAAUCAAACUGGCCAGAAGAAGGUUAAAAAGAGGCUCAGCAGAGGCAGCUGACGGUGAUGAACGGCUGGACUGUGUUUCUCUACCCCCAACAGUGUGAAUAUGGUAUAGAGUUUUGAAGCGUAUUUAUUUUAAUGUAAAUUGCUUAGUUGCAGUAUAGAGGAGAAUGGCUCUUUCCGGACCAAGGAAGCAGUGUUGAAGGCCAAACUUAAUUAGAAUCUUCACCAGCUUAGAAGAUGGAAAAGUUGUUUCGGGAGACAGGACAGCUCUGAUCUAUUAGAUGAAAUCAUUUGUGGCAUCAUAUCUCCCCAGAAUAAUCAUUUGUCACUGAUAAGUGCAAACGAUACGUAAAUUCUUAGGAAAGAAAAAUCUUUCAUGUAGGUUGUGUUGACACAGCGACAAAAUAAUUAAAAGGUGAGAAACUCAAAGUAACCAGCUAUCCACGUGACACCUGACAACUGUUUUAACAGAGUGAUCCAGGGGGUUGUGGCAUCAUGUGGCAACUGGCCACAGAUGUGCUUAAUCUUAUAUACUUCACGUGGUUCUGGUACACCUGCCCCCCCACUUUAUAUAAAACCAACAAGUGAAAAUGUGGAUUCAUUUUAAAGAAAUAUUUUUGGCAUGUGGGUAUUUGUUUCACAGAGAUAUUUGCCUCCAGAUUCCUUUCUCUAGUAAGGUGGUGAGUUUAAAAUACCUGUUUAUUUGGAGGCAUUGCAUUUACACUUCAUUUAUUGUAUAAAGCAAAUUACCGUGAAUCUUGGCACUUGACCCAAAGGCCAAAAGUUGGCUUGAAAGAAAUUUGGACAGUAGAAACACCGAACCCCCGGGGCGUGGGGAGGGUAAAUUCUGUGCUACCGUUUAACACACGUCCCGAGCACUUAUUUCAUGGAAUCGGAGAGUGUAAGAGCUCAGAGUUACCGUUAGUCCCACUCCCGCAGUUUGUGGUGGGGCGGCUAAGGAGAAAUGAGGAUCACGGCUGCCCAGCGCCGGGCAACAAGCCGUCAAUGCGCUGGCCAAGCCGGGAACCUCAGUUCCUUACUACCCCAUCCCAGGUACCUGUGCCAUCACGUCACUCGGGGCGGCUAACCCUGGGCUAGGAGGGGAGCUCUAGGGGGAGUCAGUACCCACUAAAGACCAGCUAAUCAACCCAAGACCAUAGGAGGCAUUCCUGUGAUGUGACAAAGCUGGUCUAGGCGUGGCUUAUGGAAUCAAUUCACCUGCUAGACAGCUACAUCUCAUACACGUGUGUCUUUUAUCCUCUUUUCGGAGCCCCAAGGAAGGUUCAGAUCAAUGGUUUCCAUCACAGGUUGAGCUAGCCUUUUCAAUUUCAGGCCAGUUAGUAACCCUUCCCUGACACCAGCCUCUCUGUUCAUCAAGGGGUCUAAUGAAGUACUGUGAACCCAGGCUUUUGUUUUUCUGCAAGAUAUGUUUUAAAAUUUGUCUUCUGCCUCUCAGAAGGAAGUCUUUCUCAAGGGAAUUGAAAAGAUUAAUUAGUGACCUUUCAACUCUGUUACAGUAAGAUGAAUACAUGGCGAAUAAAAGUAGAAACAUUUACCUUACAGCUGUGGAAUCUGUUAAAUAUACACCAUGAACCUUCAAAGCACUUCCUGCCAAGACCGGGCGAGAGCUUGAAUUUUUCACUAUUUGAGGGGUGGGUGGGGAUUGUUGGGCUCUCGAAUAUGUGCAAUGGAUUCACAGAUUGGAAAUACACGGCAUAAAACUGCAACCGUAAAAUCAUAUUUUAUAAAUUAAAACUGUGUUUACUUAACUGCGACUACUGUUCAGACUUUAUUCAGAAAUCCUUUUUAUAGGCUUUCUUAGCAAAAAAAAAAAAAUUAUUCCAUACCUAUGGAUAAGGUCUCAAUCU